UAUACUUCCGCCACGUAAAGGAUGUUUUCGCGGAUUUUUCUUUUCUCGAAAUGCAUUCAUCAGUAGCAAUUAACGUUUGCUUUGCGUUUUUCUGAAAUAUGCCGCAGCGAAUAUUAUAAAUGGACAUGUCGGACCCAACCAUGAGGCGUUACGUUUUAAUGCAGAAGGACUCUUCCAUGUGAUUUGGGACUUGCCGCCAGAAGCUUUGAAUACAAAACUUAUUCCGCGAAGAAAACAUCAAAACAAACCUUACUUCAAGUUAAAAAGAACUAUGGAUGUGAAACAGAUAUGACAAAGGGGAGGUAACUCUGCUUGUUGCCAACAUGAACUGCAGCAGCUUGUCAGAGGUGUCCAGUCUCCACGAUGCUGCGGACAGUCCAUCAACUGACAUCUCGAGGCUGCUCAACCCGUCCCUGUCUGAUGACAAAGCAGAUCAGAUCUCUUCUGAUAUUGGCUUGGACUUUGGUGAAUCCUCCAAAUUUGACCCAGAUUCAGUUUUAGGAUCUUCCUAUUCUUUGGUCAGAGAAGGUGAUGACCCUGAUGACCUUGAACUAUCAAUAACUCCAAAUUUUGAGACAGGUCUGUCAUGUAGCCCACCAUCUUGUUUUGACAAUGUCUCAGUCUCAUCAGCUUCAGCUAUUUCAGCCAGUAAUAGCUCCUUGCCGAUUUCUGUCACGUCAGCCAUCCCAUCAUUAACAGCUGCCUCAACAGGAGGCUCCAGCCAUGGUCAUGUUCCAGGGGUCCAGCUUCUCAGUCCUCUGAAUGCUGGACCAGUUGUGAUAGGGAACAUGACCGCCCAGACACUGGUGUCCGCAGUGCUAAAUGCCAAGAAGUCCGAGUCUCCGCAGUCCGGGAUGAAUUCUGUGUCCGUAACACCAGCAGCUGCAGGAAUCUGGGUGCUGAACACUCCACCAAUCAGCAUCAACCCAGACAUUCUCAAUCUUGUCAAGCCGGUAACGCUUCCAUCGUCUGUACAGACAAUGGCUACUGCUUCGGGGCAGGAUGUGGUUAAGGUUGGUUCAGACGACACCUGCAAGAGUAGUGCAUCCUAUACAGAAACUGUGACUGUACCGAUGCCUUCUUCUUAUUGCCAGACCUCUCUUGGGAGUAGUCUGCUUGGUAAAGAACAUUCAAACAAGGAUGUGAUACAUUUUCCAUUUGGAGCUUCAGGUUCUUCUAAAGGUGUUGCCAACAUGACAGAAGCUACGGAGGUGUCUAGUGCUCUACAAGAAGGGACACACAUGGUGUUGAAGUCGCAAGACACACAUGAAGCUAAUCCUACCUCAUUCCUUAGACUAGAAGACAUUCUUAUGAAAAACAAUUGCUCAGGUUCGACAAACUUAAUUCAAACAGAAAUACCUCGGGUUGUCUCAGACAGUGAUAUGGACAAAAGCUCAGUGAAACGCAUGGUUCUUUCAAAAUCUGAAGGUUCAGAGUCCAAUUCUUUUUCAGAGCUGUUCAGUUUUCAGGACUUGCCAUCAAAUGCAGGAGUGACCCAAACAAAACAGCUGUCAGACUGCCUCCCUCUGACCAACCUACUGACUCUAACUCCAGAUCAGCCAAUCCUCCAGUGUUCAUCAUCCGAGGAGCUCCAGGAGGUCGAGGACAGGGCAUCAUCGAAAGAAGCACAAAAGGAAAACAACUCAAAUGACACUAAAGAACUUUCAAGGACAGUUGAGAUGAGGAAACACUGUGCUCCUUCAACUCUGAUAAUUGAGGGUCUUCAGGAAGGGUCGAGACUGGUCAAGGAACUGCCGUCUCAUAAAGUUCCCAUUCUUCCGAAAGAUACGGAUGGGAAAGAGGUGAAGGUGACUGUGCCCAUCAUGUGUGAGGAGAAAUCAACACCGGUGUUAGUACAUCUUAUACGUAAUAGUGCUUUUUCCAGCAAAGAUGUUUUAUAUUGUCAGAACAUCACAACAACUCUGACGGAAGACCUCGGCCAUGAGAUUACCGAUGCUGAUCUGGAUGACUCUGUGGAUGACUCGUUAGAUACAGAGGUUGUUGAUAUGGAUGCAGAGAAGGGGGACAGGCAGAGACAGGGCAAAGAGGAGCCACCUCUUCAAUUAGCUGACAUUGUUCCACAAACUUCACCAACAAGGAAAAAGUAUAAACGAGUUGUGGACAAGGAAAAAGUGUUCAAGUGUGACUUGUGUAGUGCACAGUUUGAUGUUCUGGGGAAUUACACGCGGCAUCGGAAAAUCCACAAGGUUAACAAUGAGAACAAGUACAAGUGUCCGACCUGUGAGCUGAGCUUCAUCCAGAGAUGUGACAUGAAGAGGCAUAUGCUGAUCCACACAAAGCAGGAGCCUCACAAGUGUCAAGUGUGUGGCAAAGGCUAUAUCCGGAAGAGUGACUUGGUCGUACACAUGCGGUUCCACAGCAAAGAUCGACCAUUCAAGUGUACACAGUGCUCAAAGGACUACUACCAGUCAGGUGAUUUAAAACGUCAUAUUCGGGCAAUACACAGCCAAGAGAGCAUGUUAUCCUGCGGUCACUGUCGUCGACAAUACGCGAAGGAAGCGACGUUGAUCCGUCACAUGCAGACUGAGCACAAAGACAUCAUCCUGAAAUCACUGAAGCAGAAACUGGCAGACGACAAGAAUAAAGAUGACAGCCCCAUGGAUCAAGAUGAAUCAGUGGAAAGCAGCAGCUGAUUGGGAGUGUAUGUUUGUUGCAGGUUUCCUUUCAACUUGAUUUGAUGUUAUUACUGUCACACUUUCAGAUGAACUCAUAUUUAUAUUAGAAAGCUAUCCACCCUUUACCAACUGCAGGCAGUUUUCUAGCAAAAUAACUAAGGCUACAGAAAGUUGACUGGAUAAGGUCUAUAGCCACAGAAAGUUGACUGGAUAAGGUCUAAAGCUACAGAAAGUUGACUGGAUAAGGUCUAAAGCUACAGAAAGUUGUCUGGACAAGGUCUAUAGCUACAGAAAGUUGACUG